GUUUGAUUUACUUGAGGAUUUUUUGUUAUAGAAUAUAAAAUCAAAAGUAGUCUGUCAUUAGCAUCUUUAACAAUGUCUUACCCACGCAAGUUUGUAUAUCUGACUUUAUGCUUUGUGAUGGUUGCAGGGGUAUGUUAUUUAUCCUUUUUAGUCUUUUUGGAACAUAAUCGAACAAGUUCAAAAUAUUAUCCUACACUUAUUAACGAAGAUAUUUCUUAUGAUUCUCACCAAAAAGUUGAUUUUAAUAACCGAAUAAUGUCGGCUGAUGUGCACGAGAUCAAUAAAGUUAUGCAAAUUGAAGUUACUGAACUCAACAAAGUAGGUGUACAAAUUGGUUUGAAACAAAAUCGACUUUUAAAAAACAAUAAUUUAACUGACAUCGAUAAUAUUCGCAAGGUGUACAACUUCAAAAAUGUGGAUAAUAUAUUACUUUCAAAGUUAUCUAAGUUUCAAAAGAAAAUUGAAUAUUUAACCGACCCUUUGCCUAAUUCCGCUUCAUGUUCUGACCCAGUAUUUUUACUCAUAGCUGUUGUAUCGCAACCAUCAAAUUAUGAAAGACGCGAGCAAAUUAGAAACUCGUGGGCAAAUACUUAUUCAGAAGACUUUGAUAAACUUAAAGUAAAAAAACUGUUUCCCAACAAUAAAGUAUAUGCAUUAAGCAAUGUUCUUAAGGUUGUUUUUAUUGUAGGCGUACCAAAAGAUCACUCUACCUCUGAAAUUUACAAAGAAGCAAUUUUGAAGAAAGAUAUAGUUUUUGGAUCCAUGGAGGAAGAUUACAAAAUUCUUGUCAUGAAAACAAGACUUGCACUAAAAUGGUCCUAUUAUAACUGUCAAAGUUCUUUUUUCUUGAAAACUGAUGAUGAUGUUUUUGUUAAUCCAGUUAUUCUAAUUGAAUGGCUUAAAGACAUUCCUCAAAACAACUUAUAUACGGGCUGGUGCAACUUUAACUCCCCAGUUGUUCGCGAUAAGAAUAAUAAAUGGUAUGUUUCUGUGGAAGAAUAUGCUAAUCCUACUUAUCCUCCAUACUGUCUUGGAGGUGGGUACUUAAUGUCAGAAGAUGUUUUAAAGUCCAUUAUCAAUUUUUCAUAUGGUCGAAGCUUGUUUCCAAUGGAGGAUUUGUAUGUUGGGCUUAUGGCAUACGAACUUAAAGUGCCUGUGCGAGACGAAAAAUCUCAUUUUGAUUUGAACUAUGCCGGUCGUCAAAACGACUGUGAUUUAAAUAAUCUAUUUUUGGCGCAUCCAGUUCUCGGUAGCAAUCAAUUAGCACUUAUUCAAAGAUGGCGUAAGGCACAAAGUACUUGUGAAUAGAUCCCUUUAACUGUUGCUUAAAUAAAUAGUUGUAAAUAGUAAUUGAUAUUUUAAUAUAUUCAUAUAUACAUAAUUAUUUACAUUAUAGGUUUUGUAAGCUUUUUUAUAUAGUAUAUUUAUAUAUAACAUAUAUUAUCACAUAAGUAGUUAUUUAUAUUAUGUUUUUGAUUUUUUUUGGGUUUGGCUGUUUAGAAAUAUUAGGCUAUACUUUUAAA